AUGUCAUUCAGGAGUACCAGGAGAACCAGCCCCGGGCCUUCGCGGACAAGGAGCCCAGCAACCUCGCGAUCAAAGAGCCCUGGGUCGAGGCCGGCCAGCCCAGGACAUGCUGGAACAAGGAAAGCAUCCCCGGGAUUCGCACUGGACCGCUCGUCCAGAUCGCGGGCAUCCUCAAAAGAAGCUCCUCGGUCAAAUACUCCGGAAAGAGGGCGCUCAGUUGUGAAGACAGGAGCAGUAAUCAUCGAUACAGGUACAGGGACGUGUAAAGCAGGGUUCGCAGGUCAACAGACUCCUCAGGCGGUCAUUGGAACGUUGGUUGGGCACCCCACUGAGAAGUCCAUGAGGACUAGGAGAGACAGGCCGAAUACCUUUGUUGGGGAGCGGGCGCGGUUAGAGCCGGACGUCGAUAUCAUUUUGCCAGUCCGACACGGCAUCAUCAUCGACUGGGACGCGGCGGAAGUUCUGUGGAGGCACCUGUUCUACCACGACCUCAAGGUUGCUCCGGAAGACCACGCCCUCUUGAUGUCCGACCCUCCACUCUGCCCCACAACGAACAGGGAAAAGUUGGUGGAGGUGGUCUUCGAGUCGCUCAACUCCCCCGGGAUGUACGUGGCGUACCAGUCGGUGUUGUCGGUGUACGCCCACGGCAAGAUCAGCGGUUUGGUAGUGGACACGGGACAUGCCACAUCCCACACCGUCCCCGUCCACCAAGGGUACAAUCUUCCGCAUGCCACCGAGAGGAUGGACAUUGCGGGCGCCAACAUGACAUCUUUCCUGAUGGACCUUCUCAGGAACAUGGGACAUUACUUUGACGAGAGGAUGUGGGAUGUCAUUGACGACAUGAAGCAAAAAUGCUGCUACGUGGCUUUUGAUUUCGAGACUGAGUGGAAUCGUCCCAAGAGAGACUACGUGGCAGAUUACCAGCUGCCCGACGGCCAGAUCAUCAGCCUGGGCAAAGAGAGAUUCCAGUGUACAGAGAUGUUGUUCAGCCCUCCGCAGAUGCCCGGACUGAACCUUUUGGGGCUUCAUGGUAUGGCACUGAGAAGCAUCCGGAAGGUCCCCGAAGAAUCCCGGAAGGAAAUGUACGAGAACAUCAUGCUCUGCGGCGGCUCGUCCCUCUUUGACGGGUUCGAGAAGAGGUUCUUGCACGACCUCAUGGCGGCUGUGCCCACCAACACGAAAGUGAAAGUCACGGCCAUCCCUCUGAGGAAGUACUCCGUUUGGACUGGGGGUUCCAUCCUCGCUUCCCUGAAGAACUUCCAGCCAUGCUGGGUCCGGAAGGAGCAGUAUCACGAACACGGCCCAUACAUCGUCCACAGGAAGUGCUACUGAGGCGGGCCAGGCGAGAAUCCCCUGGGGGUAGUUUGGG